AUGAAGCUGCAAACAACCCUGUCCCAGCCUCCACAGGACAAUGAUACAUGCGGCCCUGCUGGCAGCAACUCAACCUUUCACAACUGCAGACGAGAUUUAUCGAGGAUGGCGGGACACAACAUUGGUCUUCUGAUUGCCAUGGGGCUCUCCCUGUCUGUGUUCGUCAUCACGAUGGUGUUCUCUGCCUUGGCGGCAGCAGGAGGAUCUCCAUUUUUGUACAGCACUGGCAAUGUUUCGGAUGAUCUUGUGACCCAGAUCACACCAUCCGGAUGGACCUUCUCCAUCUGGUCCAUCAUCUACAUCUUCCUGGCAUUAAUUUUGGUGUACAUUUUCUCUGGCAUCUGUAGGAGAAAUGCCUACGGUUAUGUCUACUGCCGCCCUGCUGUUGUGCCAUUUGGAUUUUUUGGCUCUUGGUGCUUGAAUCUGUCCCUCAAUGUUGGAUGGUUGUUCCUGUGGGACAGAAGGUCCAUGAUCGCAGCAUUGAUUUUCCUCAUCCUCAUUGCUUUGACCAACUACUCAAUGAUAUUCUUCUCCUGCUAUGGCCUAAAGAACUACGGGGCCUGGCUAAACAAAUACCACAAGGUAGACCUGUGGCUCCAUCGUGUGUUGAUUCAGAAUGGAAUAGCCAUUUAUGCAACGUGGACAACAAUCGCCACCCUUGUUAAUCUGGCCAUUGUGCUCGAUUAUGAUGCCAAUGUGUCCAGCGACGAUGCCGCCACCGCCUGUCUCUCUCUGCUGACUAUAGUUCUGCUCGUUUGGUUCGUGCUGGAAAACUCCGUCCUUGAGCGACACGUGAGGUUCAUCCUCAUCAUCUACCCUGCAGUGAUCUGGGCCUUGACGGGCGUGUACACCAAAAACUACAACACCGCGGCGCCCACUCGCAAUAACGUCUUCGUCGCUGUGCUGUUGGCAAUGGCCUGCGUUAUGUUUGUCCUACGAGUACUUCUGGUCACCUGGAGGCAGAUCAAGAAGCCCCUUUACAGAGAUAUGGUCCCCUGUCUUGUGGACAGUAACUCUUCUUCAUCGGAUUGCUCCCUCGACCUGCAAAAGAAGAAUAAAGAAGAGGGGACCACAAUGGCAAAACACAGCUAUGGACGUCUUGCUACCAUCAUCGUGUCUGUUAUUGGCUUUGGAAUCAGUUUGGUGUUCAACGGACUUUCUGUUGUUGGAAUUGGUCCCUAUCAAACAACCACCGCCAACGUGUCUGCUGUGUUUGACACGGAGCUCACGCCAUCCGGCUGGACCUUUAACAUCUGGAGCGUCAUUUACAUCUGGCUGACGUCGAUGAUUAUCUAUAUUGUGUCGGGCCUUUUCAGAAAGAAUGGAUAUGGAUAUUUGUACUGCAGCCCGGCAGUUCUGCCUUAUGGAUUCUUCAUUAGCUGGUGUCUAAAUCUGUGUUUCAAUAUUGGUUGGCUUCUUGUUUGGGACAGAGGAAUGAUGAUCCCUGCACUGGUUUUUCUCAUCCUGGUGAUUUGCACAAACUAUUCCAUGAUAUUUUUCACCUGCCAUGGACUUCACGUUUAUGGAGCGUGGCUCAAGAAAUAUCACAAAGUAGACUUGUGGCUUCUUCGUGUGCUGGUUCAGAAUGGUGUGAUGAUCUAUACAACAUGGACAACCCUGGCAACGCUCAUAAACCUGACCAUUGUGCUGACUUAUGAUGCCAACAUGUCGCCGGCAGAUGCGGCCACCCUCUCAUACUCUCUGUUGACAGUCCUGCUGCUUGUGUGGUUUGUGUUGGAAAACACCAUCCUUGACAAGCACAUGCGGUACAUCUGCAUCACCUAUCUGGUCGUAAUCUGGGCAUUGUCUGGAAACUUAGACAAAAAUUACAACGCCAGCUCACCCAGUCGCAAUGGCAUCUUCAUUGCUGUGCUGCUGGCUGUGGCCUGUGUAUUGUUUGCCGUCCGGAUGAUCUUGGUGAUUUGGAGGCAUUUUAAACAGCCUCUGUAUGAAGACGUCGAUCCUGAAGCAAUGGAGGUGAUGAGCAUUGCUAAGAAGCAAAAAAAGAUAUUUUGCUAAGCUUUUGAAUUGUAAAACAUGUUUGCAGUUCUGACAUAGAAAAGAAAAUCAAAGAUCACAAAUCAGGAAUUCAGUUGUCUGUACUCAUGAAAUGUUUUUUCUAAGUUGUGGCACAUAACAAUCGGUACUGCAGCUUAUUUCAAUGAUGGUAUUUUUCAGUUAUCAUUACUACUUUAUCAGUCUUUUAUGGCUGUUUUCUAACUUCCUGACUGGCCUCUUAUGUGAAACAUCAUAAAGAGAGAGAGAACGACAACCAACCUCUUUAUGACAUCGUGAGACAAGUCUUUUGGUUAUGUAUUGAAUGUCACCUUUACAUACAAAUCCAGUCCAAUCCGUUGGUAUUCAACCUUACGUGUGUAAAAACAAGUACAGAUUGAUCAGCAUACGUUUUUGCAAUUUAGUUUUUUUUUAAAUCUUAACUUAUAUAAACUGUUUUUUGUAUAAUUUGCCUGUAGGAAAUAUGUAUCUACAUUUUCCAGGCAUAAUAUUUUCUCUAUUUUAAAUUAUUUGCC